UUUAUUGAGAUGGUAUAUUCAUUGACAUAAAAAAUUAUCAACAAAAUUUCUUUUUUUAUUUAAAUAACAUAAAUUGUUGAUUACCUAACAACCCCACCCAAUAUAACAACUUUCACUUCGUUUGAAUCCGGUCGACCGUUUUAAAACCAUUUAAUUCAUAAUGUAAAACACUAAGAAACACGCUAAAGAAACUAUUCUAUUCAAUUUCACGACAAUGAACUUGAUGUUUAAGAUAAUUAUAUUAAUUUCCUUAUUUUUAAUUGUUUCAUCAAAUCCAAUUAAUUUGGUGAAAGAUCUCGUUCAAUUUAACGUUUUCGGGCACCCUUUUCUACACAAAGACUCCAAGUGGGAUUUUGAUCCAGAAGCGGGACAUCGAAGAUCGAGACAAUACCAAGAAAUUAAUGGUUACCAUGGAGAAAAAGCCAUAGAAAGAUUGGGUUUGGGAAUAGACGGUUAUGAUUUAGAACGAUUAGAGAAGCAACGAGAAAGGGAUAAAGGACAAUUAGGUGGUGUUAACUACAUAACAAAAGAGUUUUUAUAAAUUAAUAUUGUAUAAUAUAAAAUAAGAAAUAAAUAAGUUUUUGUUUGAUCGAUAAA